AAGCCAUAACAAUGCGAACAUUUCGAGCUAAGCCUCAGAGUGGUCCCUGAAAUUACACUCGUGCUUCAUAGUAGUCCCUAAAAUUAUUAAUUACCCAAAUUGGUACCUGAAGUUAAACGCCGGGACUCAGUGUUGUCCUUCCGGCACAUUUUCUCCAGGUGGCGUCAUCGGAAAGCUGAUGUGGCUAAUUUGAUGACACGCGGGCAAGCAUAACGGCUAGCUGAGGUGGAAGAACGAAUUUUAUUGACUCAAUUUGGUCCCUAAUUCGAAGUUUAAAAUCCUUAAUUCCCAAAUCUGAAGAUCAACCUCCAGUGCCCUUCUCUUCUCUUCUGGUCUCUUCCGUUGGUUCCUCUGCAGCAUCUUGAUACCUAGACGACAAUGGUUAGCGCGAGCAAUGCUACUGGAAGCUCGAACAACCCACGAUCGUUUGGAAGCAUCAUGAGAAGAAUGAACAGGAACAGGGAUUCGCGUUUGCCAGAAUGGUGCAGAUGCGGUUUGAGACCAGUGCUGUGAUGGUCAAUGACGGAUUCUAAUCCAGGGAGACCCUUCGUGGGUUGCCCAAACUACAAUACUGUAGGCAAGAAGUGGUGUGGUUUGUUUAUGUGGAUUGAUAAAAUUCUUGAAGAAGAUGUGAUGACAUGUGAUGGUAGAGCAAGCCCUUCAAUUGACAAUGAAGAAUGGAAGAUGAAGUUUGCUUGGAAACUUCGAAGAUUAGAGUAUGAAGUUAGGGUUCUAAAAGUGGGUGGAGUUUUGGUGUUUUUAUUUAUGCUGCUGGUUACAGUAGCUAUUCUUGUCUUAAAGUUAGAUAGGCAGUUUGGCCAAUUGUAUCUGGGAAGAAACACAUGAAUUAUGCAUGUUGUUGCUGUGGUUGUACCUGUUAGUUUGUUUGAAAGAAAUGAAAAUUAAAGUG